GUGUCAUUUUAGUGUCAUUCAUUUGUUUUGGUUUCAAUUUUUAUACAUUAAUUUUAAUAAAAAUAUCAUAAUAAAAUUAUUUCAUCAAUAAAUAUGGAAACGAAUAUUGUUAGAACUACGGAAAGCAGAUAUGACAACGACUGAAGUACAACAUAAUAGCAAUUAAAACAUUCGACUUUGUCAAUUUAAAGUUUAUUACGCGAAUAAACAUGGGAAGAACUCAACGUAAACGAAAACAUAAAAAGCUAAUCCAGUUUUACACGUGCAAUAAUGAAAAGAACUCAAUUUUAUUGAAUUCCUGGUUAGCGGAUAAUGGAUUACGAAGUAGCCAGAAACUCGUAUUUGCAAUGUUUAAUGAUACGGGCCGAGGGCUCCUGACGAAGAAGAAGAUAUCGUCGGGUGAAGAACUUAUGAGCCUACCACUUAAUUUAACCAUAAAUGUAACUAGUUUAUUAAUGGAUGUCGUGUUUUGUAGAAUUUUUUUAGAGAACAAAUCCAGUCUAGUAAAGUAUAAGCAAAAAGUAUCAUUCCAGUCAUUAUUGGCAUUCUAUUUGAUGCAUUUAAAGGCGCAAGGCGCUAAUUCCAAGUGGUACAUUUAUUUAGAAAGUCUACCAAAAGUGUACACAGUUCCAUACUUUCUGCCAAAUGAAAUAGUGUGUCAUAUUGAUAGUGAAAUUGUGUGUGUGAUUACGAAACAAAAAAAUAUAAUAGAGACCUCAUUUAAUUUUUUUAAUGAAGUUUUACAAAAUACAACAAGCAAUAAUAAUGAGGUUCAAAAUUUGAGAUCAUAUUUUACAUUAUCAAGAUAUGAAUGGGCAUAUUUUACAGUAAAUACCAGAUGUGUUUAUAUGGAUUUGACAAAACUUAUUGACUUACAAAAUGUAAAUAGUACAAUUUUAUCCCUCGUCAAUGAUAACACAAAGAUAUCAUUGUGCCCCUAUUUAGACAUGAUUAACCACAGUCCAAAUGCUAGAAACGAGACAAAACUUAUGAUUAGUAAGGACUUAGCAAAUUUACCAGUCACAAAACUAAAUGAGGAUAUAUUUUCUGAUGUAUGGUUUUCUAUUUAUACAAAAAAUAAUUUUGAUCCAUAUACACAGGUUUUUAUAUGCUAUGGUGACAGUCAUAAUUUAAAAUUGAUAACUGAAUAUGGAUUCUUUUUACCAUCUAAUGAAAUUGACUUUGUAUCAUUUAGUUUUGAUGAAAUUAAUAUGUAUUUAAACUCUAAAUGUAUUAAGCUUUCUAGCGACCAAAUAGCAUUUAUUAAUAACCAUGGAUUGAAUAAUGAUUUGUAUAUUGAUUUACGGGGCCUAAGUUUUAAUUUCUAUGGUUUAUUAAUGGUUGUGAAGUAUUACUACAACCAAAAUCUUGAUAUAAGUAGAUUAAUUUAUUCUGCAGCUAUUUGUUCUAAUGAUAGGGUAUUAAUUGAAUUUAUAAUACCAAUGGUUAAAGAUAGACUUGUAAAUGUAGGUGUAGCUCUUGACAAAUUGUGUAAUUUUAGUAAGAAUAUGGUUUUAGACAAUUGUAUUAAUCUCAUGGGUCAAUAUGUGAAUAUAUUAGAAAAGUUUAUUAAAUGUUAGAUUUCUUAAA